ACUGUGUCAAAAAUAGUGUUUCGUUAAUUCAAAGGUUAUUACCAUACUUAAAAGGAACUUAAAACUAAGUGUGACAUAUGUAAAUCCUCUGUUACAGAGAAAUACUCGCAAAACAAAUUAAUAAAAAUGAGUUCCGCUACGUUAGCUGCUGCUAUUCAGAGUACCGCCGGUGCUGUGCCUGUUCGCAAUGAAAAAGGUGAAAUAUCUAUGCAAAAAGUAAAAGUUCAGCGCUAUGUGUCCGGAAAGCGGCCAGAUUACGCUUUAGCAGGCAGUAGCUCUGAUGAAUCCGAUUUGGAAGAUUUCAUAGAUCAUCGCAAACGAGCUGCGCAAGCACAACUUGAACGGCGCUCUCAGCGUGAACAUGCUGAGGUUCAUUCGGGUGAUGAAGGAGAAGUCGAUGAUCCACGUUUACGACGUUUGAGAACGCGUCCAGAAGAUCAAGAAGAACUUGAACGAGAGCGACGUGAAAGGCAUAGACACAUACACGAACCGGAGAUAGUGGAAUCAGAAUCUGAAGAGAGUGAGCCAGAAAAACCCGAAGGCCCAGUGACAAAUAAAAUCACACUCGCCUCUGAGUCGGACACAGACUCAGAUGUGAGUGAGGAUGAGUUAGAACAACGUCGUCUAAGAUUGCGGCAUCGCAUGUUACAACAGCAGAAGGAAGAAGAGAUUUUGCAAAAAGAAGAUGAAAAUAAAUCUGAAUCUUCAGAAACCGAAAGUUCUGAAUAUGAAGAAGAAACCGAGAGUGAGGAAGAUAACGAACCUCGAUUGAAACCACUUUUUGUGCGCAAGCGCGAACGCGCGACUAUACAAGAGAAGGAGCGUGAGGCACAAAAGCAAAAGCAGCUAGAGGCCGAAGCCAAACGUUCAGCAAAGGAACGUAGACGCGCUACAUUACGUUUGGUAGAGGAAAGCGUCAAGAAGGACUUGGAAAAAGCUAAGCCCGACACCGCGGAAGCCAGCAUCGAUGAUGUGUGCACGGAUGAUGAAAACGAUGAAGUUGAGUACGAAGCGUGGAAAUUGCGCGAGUUGAAACGUGUAAAACGUGAUCGUGAAGAACGUGAAAAUGCUGAACGUGAGAAACUCGAAAUUGAUCGUAUGCGUAGCUUGACUGAAGAAGAACGUCGCCAGGAACUGCGUAACAACCCCAAGGUUAUCACGAACAAAGCUGCCAAAGGAAAGUAUAAAUUUUUGCAAAAGUACUAUCAUCGUGGUGCUUUCUACUUGGACGAAGAAAAUGAUGUGUUGAAGCGUGACUUUGCUCAAGCCACACUGGAAGAUCACUUCGACAAGACUAUCCUGCCUAAGGUGAUGCAAGUGAAGAACUUCGGUCGCUGCGGUCGUACCAAAUAUACACAUUUAGUGGAUCAAGAUACAACGAAAUUCGAUUCGCCGUGGUAUGCUGAGACCUCAAAUAACAUUAAAUUCCACAAUGAGAAAGCUGGUGGUAUGAAGCAAGUAUUUGAUCGACCCACUUUGUCCAAGCGCAAGAAGAUGGAAUAGUAAUUUUACAAAGAAAUGGCAAUUAUAUACACGCAACACAUACAUAUGCAUGUAUAGAUUCAUACGUAUGUAUAAAUAGUUUUAGAGAUAAGCAUUUAAUAAAGCUUUAGAUUUAAUUGAACAA